AUGGCGCGUACCCAUAGGAACCACUCCUACACGUGGCUCAACAGCCGCCUCGAGCCGACCGAGAUUCCGGCGCACGAGUACAUGUCUCUCAUGCAGCGAUGGGUCGCCAGCAAGACCGACGACCCGCACCUGUUUCCGACCGACCCCGAGGGUGUGAGCUACGCGCCGAACCCUGCUGCUCCGACGACCCUGGCGGCAGACCCGGACGACUGGGUGGGCAAGCGAAGCGGGUUUCCCCGAGAGCUCCGCGGCACCUGCAAGGCCAUCUUUUUGCAAAUGUUCCGCGUCUACGCCCACUUGUUCAGCCGCCAUUUCGUGGACCCGUUCUACCACCUCAACCUGGAGAAGCAGCUCAACAGCUGCUUCAGCCAUUUCCUCUUGACCGCAACGUCGUUGGACAUGCUCCACGCCGACGACCUCGAGCCGGUGCAGUUGCUGAUUGAUCUCUGGGCGGCGGACGGGACGUUUCCGCCCGGAUCCAAGGCGUAUGGUUUGGCGAACCUUGCGUCUGGCGAACGAAUUAUGGCGGCCGCUUGA